GUGGAGACUGAAACUAAGGACAGAUUGAGAAAUGGCAGAUAAACUUUCUGAUCUGAGAAUUGUGCUGUUGGGUAACACUGGAUCAGGGAAAAGUGCAACAGGAAACACCAUCUUGAACAGAGAUGAAUUUGAAGUGAAAAACUCUCCAGGAUCAGUUACAAUCAAAUGUGAGAAACAAGAAGCAGAUGUGAGUGGACGGAAAACAUCAGUUAUUGACUGUCCAGGUCUAGCUGACACUAGAGAUAAUGAAGAAAUACUGCAGACUGUCACAGGGAAGUGUAUGGACUUGUGUGCUCCUGGUCCUCAUGCGUUCCUGCUGGUGAUGAAACUGGGUAUGAAAUUCACAGAUGAAGAGAAGAACACUUUGAAAUGGAUUCAGGAAAACUUUGGAGAAGAUGCUCUGAAUUAUACCAUCAUUCUGUUCACUCAUGCUGAUGUCCUGAAGGGCAAACCUGUAGAAAGAUAUCUCAGUAAAAGCAAUGCUCUAAAGCAGAUGAUUAAGACCUGUUGGGGCAGAUAUCACUCAUUCAACAAUGAGAACAGAAAUAAUCGAGAUCAGGUCACAGAGCUGCUGGGAAAGACAGAUGCAAUGGUUAAUUUUAAUGGAGGGAUGCACUAUCAGAUGAAUAAAGAAGCACAGGAAAAGCUAAAUGCUAAAAGAAACUAA